UGUGUCUAGAGUUACAGAGCUUCAUCUGUCCAGAGGCAUAUGGGUGGAGAGACUCUCAAAUAUGUGCGUGUUCAGAUCUCAGACGCUCACAGCGGCGUGGAGAAGAUGUUUAUCAGCUCUGGACAUUGUACACGAAGCCUUUCAGAGUGUCUGAACGCAUGCAGACAGAGAGAAGAACGACAGAAGUGAACAAAACAAACAUGGAGAGCAGAAGAUCGAGGAGCACAGGGAUGGAGGCAGGCUUCUAGCUGAAUGCACGGACUGAAGGGUGAGAUGAAUCUGCUGCGCAGCUGCAGAAAGAGGACGAGUGCGUGUCGUCUGCUGCUGCGCAUGUGUCUGCUGCUGUGUCUGCUCUGCGUCUGCGCUCACGUCUACAUGCAGCUCGAGGGUCUGCGUCUCCAGAAACAGAGCCAGCAUCACAGGACCGUCGCCACGGCAACAGAUGCUGCAGCUGAUGCUGGAUCCACCUGCUGCUUAGCGCUGAAUCACCACAGACGGGUCUCUAGAUGGAAGAUCUGGCUGGAGCCGUGGGCCGCUGAGACUCGAGGUCUACAGGAGGAAGCGGAUCGGUUCCUCAGAUACAUCUCCACUCCGCAGCUGUCCUGCCAGAGACCCGCGUCUGUGCCGCCCGUCUUUGACGCAGAGCAUCAUGGGUCGUGGCUUCUGUGUUUGGACCGCAGGUUCAGUCUGGCACAGCGCAUCGUGUCCAAACACUGCCGCGUCUAUUCGCUCAGGUCAGAUGAUGCUCUGGAGCGUUUGUUGGCCGGCUCCGGCUGUGAGGUUCACUGUUUUGACCCCAGCAUCAGACGAGCUCAUCUGCAGGAAGAUAACAUGUGGCUCCAUCGCCUCUCUGUGGACUGGAGGGACCCGAACCCCGCCGUCCCCAUCCAGAGACUCCACAGCGGCUCCAAGAAACUCGCUGCCAUCCUCAGCCACUUCGGACACAGACAGGUGGAUGUGCUGAAGGUGGAUCUGGAAAGCGCGGAGUGGAAGAUCCUGGGCUCACUUCCGCCUCUACCACAGCUACAGCGACCCGAGCAAGCCACGCCUCUUCCUGCACAGAAACCUCCGCAACACCAGCAGCUCCUUCACACUGGGCUGGGAAUUCACACAUUUUUUAUGAUAUUUGCUUCUGUAGAAACAGCAGGUGUGCUUUUCCCAUAA